AUGGCUGACGGCUACAGUCCGAACAGCGAGCCUACGACGCGCACUCUGCUGCGGCGCGUGUUGGAUACAGCCGACUCGCGCUCCCCGCGGCGUCGCUCGAGUGUUCGGGCUGGGACCCAGAGAACCCUGCCUAAAACCCCUUUGUCUUGGAGGCUGCGCAGCCAAACCAAACCAACAACCAAAAGACGCUCCCAUGGAACUAAGUCCGUGGGCAGGCCAGUUCAUAGCCAAGCCAGGAGACACCUGGAGGAACAGACACCCCGGACUCUGUUCCAGAAUAUCUUGCGGACAGCCCCAGAAUCCUCUAUCCUGAAGCCAGAGUCAACAGGGAAGCCUGUGCCGGCACCCACAGCCGCCCAGCCCUCAAGACGGGAAAGCAGUCGGGGCAGCCUGGAACUGCAACUUCCGGAGCUUGAGCCCUCUACCAGUCCGGCUCCGGCUCUGCUGGCUCCUGGCAGGAGGAAGCAAAGGGUGCGGCUGUCCAUGUUUGAACGACAAGUGGACCAAGGUCAGCCUGUUGCCCAAGAGCCUCAGGAGACUGCAGAUGCGUCCUCCCUCACCAGCUCCCUGAACCUGACCUUUGCCACCCCUCUUCAGCCGCAGUCUGUGAAGAGACCGGGCCUCGCCCGCAAGCCUCCGCCACGCCGUGCUGUGGAUGUGGGGCUCCUUUUGCAGGAUCUGCAAGAUGCCUCCUUUGCUCCUACAGGUAACAGCCUCAGAACCUCUGUGACCACUGUGCCGACAGACAUUGUGUUGGAGGACACCCAACCCUUCUCCCAGCCCUUGGCUGGCCAUUCCCCUGGUGUGCCUCACUUCCUUCCCCAUCCCUCUCACAAUGAGAAUGAAGAUGCUGAGAGGACUACGUCCCACCGGACACAGAGCAGUCGGCUCGGGCUGCAGAGUGAUGAACUUCAGCCUUGGCCUGCUGCUACUCCAGAGGUGACAGAAGCAGUGGGAUCCCAAGAUGCAGCAGAAGCCGAGGAGCUGGAUGUGUCUUCAGGAGAGGAGGACCCCUCCAAUAGCACAGCAGGUCCAGAGAUGGCCUCCAGCAGUCCCAGGUCUUUCCAAGCUGAGCAGCCUCCUCGGUUUGCUGAGCCACCGCGACUGCCUGAUGAGCCAGCAAAGCUUGCCUUUGAAUCAGGGCCUUUGCAGACAGCAUUUCAGCCAGCUCUAUCCACUCCUGCUCCCAGCAGACCUUCCCAGGCUGUGCCAGCCAGGCCUCCUCCCAGGCUCCGAGCUGCUGGCCACAGGCCCCGUCCAGAUCCAUACAAGACUGGAUUGAAACAUUACAUAAAACUCUUCAACUUCUACGCUAAGAUGCCCAUGGAGAAGGCAGCCCUUGGAAUGGUAGAGAAAUGCCUAGACAAAUAUUUUCAGCACCUCUGCGAUGACCUGGAGGUAUUUGCUGCUCAUGCUGGCCGCAAGACGGUGAAGCCAGAGGAUUUGGAGCUGCUGAUGCGACGGCAGGGCCUGGUCACUGACCGAGUCUCACUGCACGUGCUUGUGGAGCGGCACCUGCCCCUGGAGUACCGGCAGCUGCUCAUCCCCUGUGCAUUCAGUGGCAAUUCUGUCUUCCCAGCCCAGUAGCACCGGGCCAUAACACUUGUCCCCUUCCCCCAUCUAUUCUUCCAGGCCUCCUGGUAUUCUUGCCUGCCCCCU